UCACAGUCCUCGUUCGUCCUUUGGGCUGCCAAGUCGCGUUUUUAGCCGCUCGCUGGUCGCUCGCAACUCGCUCGGAGUUUCUGCGUUUCGGCAGGUGUAAAGAACUGCAGGUGCAUUCUGUGUUGACUUUCAGUGAUAAGACGAUAAGAGUAAAGGAAGCCAUCCUUUUCGCGGAAGUUCAAGUUUAAUGAGUGCAACUGUUGCUGCAGCCGAGGAGGAAAUUGCGAGCAUAUGCUUCACCUGACCGGAGACCGGAGACAAGUCCUGGCAGUCCGAGGAGGCAAUGUAAGCAGCACAGGACAAACGUCGACGACACAACAUUAAGGAGAGGAACAACUUGAAAUUAGCAUAGAGACCACAAGUAGCAAGGGGCCAGGAAAAAAGGACUAGAGCCAGUGGGCAGAGGGGAGACUGCAGACUGGAGAGCGGUGAACGGUGAACGGAACGAGAUGAGGUCGGUAAACAAGUCGGCGAGUGGGGAGGAGGAGCUGACUGGCCUCAACGGCAACUCCAGUGACCCCAUCUAUGCCAUUAAGGGCAAGUGGAUGACCGACUGGAGCCUGCGUCGGGAGCGGGAAAAACUCUGCAGUUUUCUGUUCAAAAGCAUCGUGACUGAAUCGGAUUGCAAGCGCCUCCUGGAGGCGGCUAAGAUCUAUGGUGAGAGCAGUGACUUCAGCUCCUGGACGGCCAAUGAUCAGCUGCAGUGGUAUCGCAACUACAAUUUCAACAACACCAAUGUCCUGGGGCUGAGAAAUCAAACUUCCGGCAAUGCUGGCAUCGUCACACAAUCCGACUCUGAUUCUGAGGUCCUGGGUCCUGUCUUGCCCCCCUUCGCCCUUUGGCAAACCAUUCUGAUAGCCAUCUGCCUGGCUGUCUGCAUUAUCCUGACAGUAGGUGGCAAUAUCCUGGUGCUGUUGGCCUUCAUUGUGGACCGUAACAUCAGGCAGCCCAGCAACUACUUUAUUGCCUCGCUGGCAGCCACGGAUAUGCUGAUAGGAACCGUUUCCAUGCCCUUUUACACGAUCUACGUGCUGAAGGGCUACUGGGACCUGGGCCCUGUCCUAUGCGAUCUGUGGCUCUCCGUGGACUAUACGGUCUGCUUGGUCUCCCAGUACACGGUGCUGCUCAUCACCAUCGACCGGUAUUGCUCCGUAAAGAUCGCCGCUAAGUACCGGAGCUGGCGGACUCGAACGCGGGUUAUCUACAUGGUCACGAUCACAUGGAUCAUUCCCGCCCUACUCUUCUUCAUCUCGAUCUUCGGAUGGGAGCACUUCACGGGCAAGAGGGACCUACUGCCAGGCCAGUGCGCCGUGCAAUUCCUAAAGGAUCCUAUCUUCAACACGGCCCUGAUCAUCGGCUACUACUGGACGACACUGAUAGUGCUUUUCGUGCUCUACGCCGGCAUCUACAAGACGGCCUACGACAUGCAGAAGAGAAGUGAGGCUAAGCAACGCAAGAUGCAGUCCAUGGUGGCUCUCAGUGCCGGAGCCAUGUCGGGAAUGGCGGGGCAUGCAGCCGGCAUCGGAGUGAUCGAGGAGAAGAUCCUGAAGACGAAGGUCGAGUUGGCAGGCGGGGAUCAGACCGACCUGGAUAGCGCCUGCACGAGUGUGAUCAAGCGGCUCAGUGGCUCCGGCCAGGCGAAUCCUUUGGCCGCCAUAGCCCCGACUACCGAAGAGGUGGAGAAGAUGACCCCGGAGCAAAGGAGAGCCUCAGCGGCCAAGAUCCAGGAAGAGGCACGCAAGCGGGAUGCCGCCGUAGAAGCGGAGAAGAGCGAGCGAUCGAGCAGUCCGGCCUUCGACUCCGACGAGGAGUCCUCCGUCAAUCAAGCCCAGCAGCUGAUCACCCAGCAGAAGUUGAACAACAUGCGGAAAAGGUCCUCGAUCGGGCUGGUGUUCGGAGCACAGGCUGCCCUAUUGGCUACACGGGGGAAAGGUAACUUGCAGAAGAGCACCACGAACUCCAAGUCCAUCGAGGCUAUGCACCAGUACCAUCACCAUCAGCACCACCACCAAAAUCCCAUUCAGCGCGCCCAGAGCAAGGAGGAGGUGCGCUCCCAGCAUCACCACCACCAAAACCAGAAUGCGAAUCCGAACCAGAACAAGCGCACUUCCUGCUCCACCCUGACCCAGAUUGCCGAGCACGACCGACUCGUAAAUCCGAUCGGUGAUCCGCUGUCCCCCGUCGACCUGGCCCCCCUUGAUGUGCCCAGUGACGAAGUGCAUCCCGGUCUAGUCCAGACCAUCCUGCCGCCACCCGACGCCUUUCAGUGUCCCACCCCCCUUUCCGAUGACUACUCCGACCGACCCUUCGGAAACAGCUCGGGCAACAGCGACCUGGCCCUCACCUACGACCUGAUGACCAAUUCGGAGCUGCGGUACAUGGACGAGAGCUCCGCCAUGCUGGCCACCACGUCCUCGCUCAACGAGAGUGUGAUGGGAAAACCACCGUCACAACCACCACCAGUCCUGCCUCCACCACCGCCCGCACGCAGAAACCCACCAGCGAAACAGAAUCCAAGCCAAACUCCCACCCAAAGCCAUAGCAGUCCCAGCCAAAGUCAAAGCCAAAGCCAAAGCAAAAGCCAAAGUCAGAGCCUAAGCCUGGGCCUCAACUUGAACCCCAAUCACAACCAGAGCAUGGAGGAGGCGGUGGCCAUUGAAAAACGUCUUCUCGUAUCAUACACAGGCAUCGAGGACUUUGCCAAAGUGCGCCGGGAGAGCUGCAUCGAGGCCAUCUGCCUGCUGGACGUUCCCGGCAAACUGGUGGCGGACUGUCCCCACCGGAGAGCCUCCAGUCCGAUGGAGACGAGCAGUAAGGACGCCAUCCUCUAUUCUCCAAUGCCCCCGCCCCCGCUUUCACCCAAGGUGAAGACCCAGCAAACACCACAGACGGGUACCCCAGUGCUGGCGCCCACUCUGGAGCGCAUCGAAGAGCGGGAGACCUCGGAUACCAAUACCAACAAGAUGCCUUCCACAUCGGGCACCACCAGCAGUACGGGGGGCACUGGCGCCGGAGUCGGCGACGGCGACGGCUUGACCGGCGCCCCAAAGCGGGACGCCGAGGAGGAGGACAACCAGAGGGAGGAGAAAGGACUGUCGGCCAGCCGGAGCUCCAGCAAGAGGGCCUUCAUUCAAUCCAUCGGAAAGCACUUCAAGAGCAAGAAGGCCUUGCCCCUGAUCAUCGGAGUGGGCGGACGGCAAAAGUCCAAGUCAGAGAAUCGGGCCCGCAAAGCGUUCCGCACGAUCUCAUUCAUUUUGGGCUGCUUCGUGGCCUGCUGGACGCCGUACCACGUGCUGGCUCUGGUGGAGGGAUUCUGCCGGAAUCCGCCGUGCACCAACGAGCACUUGUACAUGUUCUCGUACUUCCUCUGCUACGCCAACAGCCCCAUGAAUCCAUUCUGCUAUGCGCUGGCCAACCAGCAGUUCAAGAAGACCUUCACCCGGAUCCUCAAGGGGGAUCUGCACAUGACCUAAGCUGGUUUUUUGAAGGAUAUGCGAUAGUCUAGUUGUAGGCAGUAAAGUCAGGGACUCCGUUUGGCAUUUUUCUUUCCGCACCAAGCCCUACCGGACCAGUCCCUUGAGAGCCCCUAGGGUCUGGUCCUGAAGCCCCACCCAGAAUCAAAUACAAACCUUAGGCCUGUAAGUUUUCUAGCCAAGAACCCAAGGAAAGUGAUCCGCCAAGUGGAGGUCCCGAAUACCUUUAUCCGCCUAUUAAGUCAGAGUAAGGCCGAACACUUGAUGAAUUCUAAAUUUAAUCAGUGUAGGAUGGAGGGAGUUAUUUGUAAGUAGCCAAAGGUGUGUGCUAUAGUUAGAAUUGUUUUGGGGGGGAAAGGUCGGGAAACGUAAAUAGGUCUACUGUGGCAGUAAGCGGGGAGAAAUGUUUUAGACAAUAAAUAUUUUAAUGUUAAUUAACAGUCUAUGAUAAUCUUAUCAAAAUAUAAAAUAACUAGUGGCUAAUAUACUAUGAAAUAAAUAGAAUCUAUGAAAUAGAAUAAAUAGAAGGGAGAAGACUAGAAGCCCCAGUAUCAAAUCGAUUCAUACAUAUCCCCAUAGUGAAAUGCAUUUUAUAUUGUUCCACAAAAAAAUCUACAAUAUCAAAUGCAUAAUAAAAUAAGAAUGAAGAGAUCCCUUAAAGGGUUUUCUUCUGAGGAUAGUCUUUUAACGGUAAUAGUUCGUCGAUUACUCUAUAGCCUCUGUACGAAUAGGUACACUAUUCCAACUCCAUUGACGAACUAUUGCCGUUCUAGGGCUGGAAAUCAAUUCGAUGUCGGUCCCUGCAUCAGAUAUACGAUUUUAUAAUUACAGAGCAGCAAACCCCAGCAAACAUACCCACGUAAUUGUCUAUGGAUAUUUAUGCCAGGCAGUUCAGCAAUUUUGUGUAAAUAUUCAUGAGUAUUGUGAGGGCUUGUCCCGGGCAUAAAAACAUAUAAAAAAUAGCAACAUAGAUGUCAAUUUUUGCGCAAGCCAGAAACUAUACCUUUGAGUACAUGUAGAAUUCUUUUUCGCGCCUUUGCCAAGUUGCCUAACUGAUUUGAAAAAGUCUCGUUCUGAAACCAGUUCUCUUUGUUGUCCUUUGUUGAGUUGUUAACCAAUUUGUUACCGUUACCGUUUCGCUAACCGAUUCGAAUUCCAGUGAGUAAUGUGCUAAACAAGUUAUUGCCUUUGUUGAACUUUGUUUCCUUUUAGCACGUAAGUGAUAAGUGUAACAAUAACUAACUUAUUACAAAAUAAAUAAACAAUGAGUAAUGGAAUUUAUUUUAAAAAUUGGGGUAAGGUAAGUCCUUUGUGAGAUUU